AUGUUGACAGCUCCAAGCGACGAGCACACGGUGUUGCAUUAUACCAUUGUAGCGCAUCGCACAAUGUUUUCGAUGUACAGAAGCAUGUUGCAGUGGUCCUCGAGGAGGACUAUCAUGACAGUGGUGUCUCCGGUGCGGAAGAUGGCUCCGGUACCUCAGAUACAAUAUGGUGCAAUUGGUGCAUUCACUCCGGCGGCUGCACCCAAACCUUCUAUGCUAUCCAUGCUGCUUGGGCUGACACAGAAAAGAUGGAAGAGUAGGGGUAACACGUAUCAGCCAAGUACGCUCAAACGGAAGCGGCGCGUGGGGUUUUUGGCCAGGGCGCGCAGCAGAACCGGUCGGAACAUCCUAAAGCGGCGCAGGGAGAAGGGUAGAUGGUACCUGACUCACUGA